AUGAAUUUUCAUCCAAUCUUGAGUUUUUCAGAAGAAGACAAGAUAGGAACCACCCAGCCCCAUGACGAUGCGCUGUUAAUCACUCUCAGAAUCAGGGACUACGAUGUGAAAAGAGUGAUGGUGGAUGGUGGCAGUGGGGCUGAGGUUAUAUACCCCGACCUCUAUAAGGGGCUGAGGUUAAAACCGGAAGAUUUGACACCCUAUAACUCUCCUUUGAUGAGUUUCGACGGGAAUCUUGUUAUUCCAAAGGGCAUGAUUAGGCUACCCAUCCAAACCGGCCCAGAGAUAGUGGAGGUGAACUUUAUUGUGGUGGAUACCUACUCUCCCUAUACAGCCAUCGUUGGUAGGCCCUGGCUCCAUACCUUAGGGGCUAUUGCCUCCUCAUUGCAUCAGAAGGUGAAAUUCCCGUCAGGGGACCAGGUUCUCGAAAUCCGUGGUUGCCAAUCCACGGCAAGGCAAUGUGUGGUGGCUGCCAUUUCGCAUCGGCUCGAUGCAGAGUCCUCGGCCUUUGCUAAAAAGAACUUAUAG